GGAUAUUAACCAGAACAAAUAUGUCUAAAUUCACCAAAAGAAAUUCAGUUCAUAAUCAUAAAAACUAUCCUCUCAAAGUAAGACUACAUAGCAGACAUGCACGGAACUCAGUAGACUUUGUAAGAAAGAGAAGAAAUCCUUUCAAGAACUUAGUCAUCAAAGAUGGAAAUGACUUGUUCAACUCUGAAACGAUUAGCCAUUACAUUAAAUAACUCAUUUGAUAGUAAGACAAACUACCUCAGGUUAAAAAUUGCCAAUUUGGUUGAGAAGCAGAAGGAGAUACAGCUUUUCAAGGAAAAAUACUUCUCAAAAGCUACAGAAUUGCAGAAUGAUGAGUUUUCACAGGAGCAUAAAAGUCAUGAGAUUAGUCUCAAGGACGAUAUUGAGAGAUUAAAGAAGGUCCUUGAGACUCAUUGAACUAAUCCUCUCAAACAAAUACAAGAUAAAGGCCAGUAUGGUGAGACCAGAGAUUGCUUCCACCCAAAAUUUAAGCUCCGAAGCCUUGGCCCAAGCUACUCUAAUUUAAGCAUGAAUAACAAAGUGAAGCUCAUUGAUUGUUUUCUGAAAGAAACUUAUAAGCCUCAGCAAGAAAGCAUUUAUGAGAAUGAUCAGAUUUCUGAUUAUUCUGAUACAAAUUCCAUGCAAAAAUUCAGCACUCCAGUAUCUUUAUCAAAAGACGUAACUCUGACUGUAGAUGACUCAUACACAGAGUCUUCUACAAGUCUACAUAGAGGGUUGAAGCAAAGGAUAUCUUUGUUGCCCAAGGGAAAUAUCCGCAAGAACAAGACCUAUCUCGACUGAAGACUUAAACAAAACAAUAUUAGGAAGAGCGAUUCUUUAAAGGUCUUAAAGAUUAAGAGUGGAGCUCUGUUUAAGAAAAAGAGCCCAGUCAGACUCACAGAUGUCGAUCAUUUCCGAAUACUAGGCAAAAUAAAGCAGUUUAGGAAGAAGAAAGGAUUUUAA